AUGAUGAUCGGUUGCGAGCAGCGUCGUGCCGAGUACGAGGGCUACUUCGAGGAAGUGCUGCACUUGAUGAAGGAAACGGCUCACCAACGCGAUUGCAAGACGACGAUCUGGUACCGAAACGUGACCAAAGUUCUGCUGGCCCUAUACUGCAUUGCCUCCCUGACCGUGCCGAUUGUAAUGACCACGAUCCUGUGGGACAUUGCUACGAUCCCGUACGUAAUGGCGCAAACCGUUCCAUUCGUCGUUAGCUCGCUCAUACUGAACCAGUACUUCUGCGUCUUUGUUCAUCUAACGUCGAUUCUGAGAAAGAUGAAUGAACGAUUGGCACGGUUCCUGAACAUGCUGCCAGGAUCGGCGAUGGAACCACCGGUUCAGCUGCGCGGUAAACCACUCAUAUACAAUGUACUGGGCGAAUCCUUGAAGAUGGAAAGCAGUCGCCUGGACCAGCUGGAACAGCUUCGCCUGCUGCACGUCCGUACGGUGCAGACGGCCGGUAGUUUGAGUGAAAAGUUUGGCAUCGUUAUCAUCCUGAUUGUGAUUGCCGCCUUUGCUAGCGUUAAUAUUGAGCUGCUCGAGUUCUACCAGAGCAUCAAGCUCGGCACGCUCACUCCCACAACGAUAUUUAUGAAAUUUCUGUACGCGGCAUCCAAGUUUUCCUUCUACAUCUUGAUAGCCUAUCCGAAUCGAUUAAUACAACAGGAGAAUCAAAAGGCGCUUUUUAUGUUGUACAGAAUUAAAAGAAUAUCAUGUAGCGUAGAACUGAACGAGGCGGUAAGCGAUUUCAUGGUUGUUUAUUCCCUUUCAUUACAGAUUGAACAUUUCAUCUCGCAGAUCUCCAACCUGCAUGAUGUCCAUCAGGCGUGUGGAAUGUUAAAUUUGGACAUGAAGCUCAUCUCAAACGCCGUUGCAGCGAUCACGUCCAUUAUGGUGGUUCUAAUACAAUUUUCCGACACAGGAUUGUAAAACUCAAAAGCUUCUCAGUAAUUCUCAA